AGCUAGCCAAGAAUGUCGGCGGUGUUAUCAACAAUUCGAACACUUCGGCAAUUCUCGUAGCCCUUAGUUGAGAUUUUCUAUUUGUGUGUGCAAGGUGACGAUUUAAUACUAUCGUCAAUCGAAAGAUCUUGAUCAUGACAGACGAUGUGAAAAGGUUUUUCGUGACAAUCCUUAAACGAGUGACCGGGCUUAACUACAUCAUCAUUACGGACCGGGAUGGGGUACCACUAAUGAACGUGGGUAGCGACAAACCGGACGGAAUGAUUAUGCGACCUGCCUUCCACACCACCUUCACCAUGGCAACCGAGCAAUCGAACAAGCUAGGACUGGGCCGCAACCGAAACAUUAUCUCCGUCUACACUGGCUACCAAGUGGUUCAAAUGAACAAGCUGCCCUUGCUGGUCACCUUUAUCGGCACAGAGAGCUGCAACAUCGGGCACAUACUGGCGCUCGAUGAGCAAAUCGAAGCGGCUCUGGAUGAGGUAAAGGCAGCGGUGACGGAAACGUGAAAUGACCUCCAAGAGUUCUUGUUUCGCGAGCAUAGAUGUGAAGAUACAACGAUCAUUUGCCACCAGCGCGUACUACACACAUGAUCUUGAAAUGGAAUAAUCAACUGUAUUGGAGUUACUACCGGGAAAUUAAAGGUACAAAUGUACUG